UGGAAGGAUUAGCUGCCAUGAUGUGUUGCUGGACUUGAUGCUGCAGACUUCCAGCAGGAGGCCAGAUCAUAACAUGUUAACAACUGUAGAGGGAAAGUGAUUGACAUAUAUAGAUAACACCACACAACAAGAAAAUGGAGGAAGGGAGAGAGAUGGGGAGAUGAAGACAUAGAGAUGGGGAGAGAUAGAGAAAGAGAUUCUUUCAAACUUUUUUUUCAACUUUUAACUUGUGAGUGUAAUGUUUACUGUUCAGUUCUGAAUGUUUAUUUCCCUUGUUUAUUGUCUAUUCCAUUUGCUUUGGCAAUGCCAACAUAUUUUUCCCAAGCCAAUAAAGUCCUUUCAAUUGAAUUGAAAAUAGAGAGAUGGAGAGUUUAAGCUGCUGCUACCGACAAGAUGGUAAUCUCCAUACCAAUGGAACAUUUGAUGUUAAACCUCCCUUUGAUUGGUCUGGGACAUCUGCCUAGUGAUCUCUCAGCAGCAAGUAGAGCCCCUGAUUGGUCUGGGACAUCUGCCUAGUGAUCUCUCAGCAGCAAGUAGAGCCCCUGAUUGGUCUGGGAAAUCUGCUUGGUGCUCUCUCAACACGCAGAGACCCAUAUUGGUCUGGGACAUCUGCUUGGUGCUCUCUCAACAAGUAGAGCCCCAGAUUGGUCUGGGACAUCUGCUUGGUGCUCUCUCAACAAGUAGAGCCCCUGAUUGGUCUGGGACAUCUGCCUGGUGCUCUCUCAGCAAGUAGAGCCCCUGAUUGGUCUGGGACAUCUGCCUGGUGCUCUCUCAACAAGUAGAGCCCCUGAUUGGUCUGGGACAUCUGCAUGGUGCUCUCUCAGCAAGUAGAGCCCCUGAUUGGUCUGGGACAUCUGCUUGGUGCUCUCUCAGGAAGUAGAGCCCCUGAUUGGUCUGGGACAUCUGCCUGGUGCUCUCUCAGCAAGUAGAGCCCCUGAUUGGUCUGGGACAUCUGCUUGGUGCUCUCUCAACAAGCAGAGCCCCAGAUUGGUCUGGGACAUCUGCUUGGUGCUCUCUCAACAAGUAGAGCCCCUGAUUGGUCUGGGACAUCUGCUUGGUGCUCUCUCAGCAAGUAGAGCCCCAGAUUGGUCUGGGACAUCUGCUUGGUGCUCUCUCAACAAGCAGAGCCCCAGAUUGGUCUGGGACAUGUAAUUACUGUGUGUAGUUGACUACAGUUAACACCAAUAGUAUUUAGCUACUACAGUAAAUCACAACAGAGAAACACCAUUCACAUCUUGGUGGAUGCUUUCUAAUACAGUAGGCUGGGCUGCUGAAGAACGAGCAGUGACAGCCUUGGGGUAAUAUAUAGGUCAUCAGUCAACUCUGUGAGCUGAAAAGAUGAAUAUGGAACUGAAAAAUAUAUACUCAUAUGAGUACACUAAAAUCUCAAGUUACUAGAGAGAUGUAUGGUGUUUGCCACUGUGCCAUUUCCCCUCAUAGAGUUGUAAUCCCAACCUUAGAAGAUAGCCCUGGAUAACUCACAUUUGCUCGUAAAUAGUUUGCAGUUUUUAAGAAUUACAAGGGGGGAAACAGAUUACCGACCAACAACCCGCUCUGCCGCUAGGGGGCAUCAGAUUACUGCGAUAUCUCAUUAUGUGCUCUUAUUGGUGCUUAAAAGCGUUUCCAUUCAUCAAUGUUACAACCUAAUAGAGGAAACGACAUGUACUACAACCAGUAUGCUGUCUAAAUGUAAUAUCAUAACAAUAAACAACGAAUAAAUCACAUACAUCCAAUGUAUCCAUUCGUAUAGAGCCAUUUAAUCCCCAGUGGUAGGCUAUAUAUACAGACACACAGGGAGAUAUAGAGCUGCGUUAUCAGAAAUACACCAAUGAAUGUGCGGCAUGCUAGUUCAUCUCUCUGAACCCCGAUCUCUCCAAAACCAAUCAGAACUCUAACAAAGCAUCAUUCCGGUAAACCAAUAGGCCUAGUUUCCACCUGGUACUAGGUCUACUCCAUUCGCGCACGGACCAAAGGACUUCCUCGCUCCUUAUAUGGCUGACCCGCUCAAUGGAGACGUCAGAGGCACACCCGUUUUGUCCAAGCACAUUAUCCCAUUCUACAGGACACGUCCAGCCAUCAUCAAAAUCCACUUUCUCUCGCCGUUGUCUUUCUUUUUACGAUAAUUUGUAACUCAUUGGAAUAGCACGAGCCACGGUGCAGCUGUUUUCAUUAACCCAGUUCUAGUUGCUGCGUCACCGCCAUACAACACGGGAUAUCUGAUUAGUGAGCACAGUUUUACUGGGUUGGAUAGAGGGAAUAGAGAAUGACUCACAUUUUGAAAAAAGGAAUGCUUUGACUACAGUGUGGAUUUUGACUGGAUGCAAGUGUGUUUUAAUGUGUGUUUUUCCCUUUGUGUUUCUGAUGGUGCAUCACAGAGUGUUUUAUGCUAUUUAGAAAUGUUACUUUAAUUUGCUGAGUGGUUAACUAUAUUCAGUCAGAUUUCUCACGCGUUCAUCAACCGCCGGCACUUUACAUACUGUUAUGCUUUAAGCAUCUUAAUUACUGAAUACAAUGGUGCAAUAAUUUAGUAUUUGUGCCUUUACUUGUCGACACCCGCGGGCAGCACACUGGGGUAACAACGAAACGGAAAGUUUUGGAAACAUUGACGGAUAGAUAUGGCAAUGGUAACGUGGAGAAACGGAGAGGAAGAUGUCGCCCGCGACUCUCAAGACGGAAUCUCUUCCCCGGUCUCUCAAGGCGAACCGUUAUCCCUCUCUACCGACCUAACGGGACACCUCAAUCCCACAUCCUCUCUGGAUAUCUCCUCAACACGUCAGACACCCCAAGGCGCUCAUUCAAGCAAUACAUCUCAAUCUAUCACUAGCCAAACGUCGACUAACUCCAUGGACAAACAACAGCCUCAGCAGAUCGAGUGUGUGGUGUGCGGGGAUAAAUCCAGCGGGAAGCACUAUGGUCAGUUCACAUGUGAGGGGUGUAAGAGCUUCUUCAAACGGAGCGUCAGACGGAACCUCGGCUACACCUGCCGCGCUAGCAGGAACUGUCCCAUUGAUCAACACCACAGGAAUCAAUGCCAGUACUGCCGCCUCAAGAAAUGUGUCAAAGUGGGAAUGCGGAGAGAAGCGGUUCAGAGAGGGAGGAUGCUGCCUACUCAACCGUACCACGGUCAGUUCUCCAUAACCAACGGAGACCCUCUCCAAUGCCACUCCUACCUUUCUGGAUACAUCUCCCUGCUCAUGCGAGCCGAGCCCUACCCCACAUCCAGAUACAGCACGCAGUGUAUGCAGUCCAACAACCUCGUGGGGAUCGAGAACAUCUGUGAGCUAGCCGCCCGGAUGCUGUUCUCGGCGGUGGAGUGGGCCCGAAACAUCCCCUUCUUCCCCGACCUCCAGAUCACCGACCAGGUCGCCCUGCUCCGGCUCACUUGGAGCGAGUUGUUCGUGCUGAACGCGGCCCAGUGCUCAAUGCCGGUGCAUGUGGCUCCUCUCCUGGCCGCGGCAGGGCUGCAUGCCGCCCCCAUGUCGGCGGAGAGAGUCGUGUCUUUCAUGGAUCAUAUCCGGAUCUUCCAGGAGCAGGUGGAGAAGCUGAAGGUUCUGCAUGUUGACUCAGCCGAGUACAGCUGCAUUAAGGCUAUAGUUCUCUUUACGUCAGAUGCGUGCGGUCUGUCAGACGUGACUCACGUGGACGAUCUUCAGGAGAAGUCCCAGUGCGCCCUGGAAGAGUACAUCAGGAGCCAGUACCCUAACCAACCGAACCGGUUUGGGAAGCUACUACUCCGUCUGCCCUCUCUACGCACCGUCUCCUCGUCCGUUAUAGAACAGUUAUUCUUCAUCCGGUUGGUCGGAAAAACACCAAUAGAAACUCUCAUUAGGGAUAUGUUGCUUUCCGGAAGCAGUUUUAAUUGGCCUUACAUGUCGAUGCAGUAGAAUAAGAACAUUCCAGAACACACCAGGAAUGGAAUCAUAGAACUAUAAUGUUCUAUGGGUGGAACUUUAGAUACUGUCAGAGGAACAGGCAACAUUCUAAAGCAGUGGUUCACAACCUUUAUCUGUAACUGUACCAGCAACUAAAUGUUACUCUGCCCGGAGUCCCCCCGGAGUCCCCUGGAGUACCACUGGAGUACGCCUGGAGUCCCCCUGGAGUACCACUGGAGUACGCCUGGAGUCCCCCCGGAGUCCCCCCGGAGUCCCCUGGAGUACCACUGGAGUACGCCUGGAGUCCCCCUGGAGUCCCACUGGAGUACGCCUGGAGUCCCCCCGGAGUCCCCUGGAGUACCACUGGAGUACGCCUGGAGUCCCCCUGGAGUACCACUGGAGUACGCCUGGAGUCCCCCCGGAGUCCCACUGGAGUAUGCCUGGAGUACCACUGGAGUAUGCCUGGAGUCCCCCUGGAGUACCACUGGAGUAUGCCUGGAGUCCCACCGGAGUCCCCUGGAGUACCACUGGAGUACGCCUGGAGUCCCACUGGAGUACGCCUGGAGUCCCCCCGGAGUCCCCUGGAGUACGCCUGGAGUCCCCCCGGAGUACCCACUCAGGUGCAUUUUACUAGCAGGCCUAUGGUCUCAUGAGUCUUCUCCAGUAACCCCUGAGGUUAGGCCAAGUACCCCCAGGGGUCCUAGUACCCCUGGUUGGGAACCACUGUUCUAAAGCA